AGCACUUCCGGUAUCUUUCAGCUGGUGUACCCAGUGCGCAUGUGCGAAUAUUCCACACGUGUGGUGAUCGUCUGACUGGCUGCAUGCAAUAGAGAGCUUAGAAAGUUAAUAUCGGUACAACAUAUUGCUUAAAGAAAACUCAGCGCAAGUUUAGUUGUCUCUUCUUACCGAGGUAAAAGACGAAUAACCUCCGUGAAGCAUUUCGCCGAGAGGACAGAAAUACCCAAAAAACUAAUUCACAAUGACAGAAGCAGCAGUAAACCCAAAGGCCUACCCGCUGGCCGACGCCACGCUGUCCAAGACCAUCCUGGACCUGGUGCAGCAAGCCUCCAACUACAAACAGCUCAGGAAGGGAGCUAAUGAAGCCACUAAAACCCUGAACAGAGGCAUCUCUGAGUUCAUCGUGAUGGCCGCUGAUGCUGAACCUCUGGAGAUCAUCCUCCACCUGCCCCUGUUGUGCGAGGACAAGAACGUCCCGUACGUGUUCGUCCGAUCCAAGCAGGCUUUGGGUCGGGCCUGCGGGGUUUCUCGCCCCGUCAUCGCUACCUCAGUCACCAUAAAGGAGGGGUCCCAGCUCAAACCACAGAUCCAGUCUGUUCAAUUGUCCAUUGAGAGACUGCUCGUCUAAUUUUUGUUGCACUUUUGUAACAAAGUCUCCUCUGAAAAACGAGGAAGAUGUUAUCUUGUCAUCUGUUUGAUGAACAGUUAUGAAUGACAGGAAAAUGUAAUGGUUUUUCUUUUGUACUUUUUAGGACAGUGUCCACUUCAUUGUAUCAGUUUGCGAAGGCAUAUCCUGAUGAAUAAAAAAUACUUUUUUAUUUAAACCUGA